GGGUGGGAUGGGGUGGUGGUCCGCGCUACCAUAAACUCCAAGUUCAUUCGGUAGUGCAGUUCAGUUUAGUGUGGUGACACGUGUGUUCAAUUGGUGUUGUGAUUAGUGCCCUAUUGGAUAUACUGGAUACGACCAUGGAUUGCGGAGUUAUUCAAUUAUUUUAUUUGAACGUCUUGCGGGGACAAAUGCAAAUUGGAAAAAUGUCGAAAAUCUAAGUGAAGACACUGGACAGGGGUCUUAUCCUAACCAAAAUCAAAAAUUCCUUCGCCCACCGUCGACCAAUAUAAUUGCAGAUACAUCAAGAUUAUUUCAAUGGAUCCAGGAAUAAUUUGUUUCCAACAUUGUGGGCCCAAAAUAUUUUGCCUCGACUUGCCGGAACAUUGCCCAAUCUGUGAUUUACCUAUAACUACUGCAUCAUUAUUACCUUUUAGAGUUCCUUAUCCAUUCAUCAGAGCAUCUCAAUAUCCAUGUGCAGUGGUUAUAAAACCAACGACAGGAGACUUUCUUAAUGACUAUUACAAUUCAAUGGAUCUCCACAUUGGAUUAACAACAUCAACUGGGACAAUCGUGGAAUUUGAUAAAAACGGACUAAGACGUCAUAGAAUGGGACAAUGGGAUCAGUGCCUCCUUCUUGAUCAAGCUACAAGUCCAUGGGUCGAGCACUGGGAUAAUACCUUGCUUCAAGUUUGCAAACAAAAGUGCUGGUCACCAAAAUAUUAUGAUGAAGAAAAACACAAUUGUUAUAGUUUUGUACUGACGUUUUUAGUGAGUUUAAAUUAUGGUAACUUAAGUUCGGCCGCUUCAAACAGGACGAUAUUCUGUGAGAAGUUUAUUGUUCCUAGGACUACCUCAGCAGGAAAGUAUAUUUCAUUAUAUAGAAAAUUAAAAGAAUAUAGGUUUUAUGUUCAUAAAUCUAGUUAAUAAACAACACAAAAUUUACAUUAGAAGAAAAUUAGAAAUGCAAUUAUUUAAAACACAGAAAUGCACUAUGGAUUUUUAAAAAAGGCACCAAAAAUUUUCACUUGCAUGACUAAUGAAUGAUAUUUUUAUGUUUUAUUUUUGUAAUAAAUUGUGAAAUUUUAA